CUAAAGAACUUGGUAUAAUGAAAUAUCAGAUCUUUCUCGAAGAGUGGUUAAAUCAAAUCAAAUCCAACAGUGUUGUGCAAGAAGUCGUGAACGGAUAGCGACCCAUGGGACAACAAGUUGAUCUUAGCUAGCUAGCGCUAGCACAAGCUCUUGAAGCUUAAACUUAUUCAGUUUGGCAGAAGCGAGACUCAAAAAAUUGACAUCACCAUGAUGAAGCUCAUGACGUUCUUCCUCCUCUCGUUUAGCUUCCAGUUGUCAGCCGUCCUAUGCGCCGGCGACGGCUUCCAGUUCGCGUUCCCAGGCCUCGCCGGCGCCAACCUGACCCUGGACGGCAACGCAAGCGUCACCCGCGACGGGCUCCUGGUGCUGACCACCCUGAAGACGAACCUGAAAGGCCACGCCUUCUACCCAACCCCGCUGCAGUUCCGCCGGUCCCCCGGCGGGAAGGUUCGCUCCUUCUCGUCGGCCUUCGUGUUCGCCAUCGUCUCCGACUACACCGACUUCAGCGCCCACGGCAUGGCCUUCGUCGUGUGCCCGUCCCCGGAGAGCUUCUCCUCCGCGCUGCCCGCGGGGUACCUGGCCCUCCUCAACGUCCAGAACAACGGCAACGCCACAAACCACCUCUUGGCCGUGGAGCUCGACACCACCCAGAACACCGACUUCCAGGACAUCGACGCCAACCAUGUCGGCAUCGACAUCAACUCCCUGCACUCCCUGCAGUCCCACACCGCCGGCUACUACCCCGACCACGGCGAUGGCGACAGCGGCGGCUUCGAGAACCUGACGCUCUUCAGCCGGGACGCGAUGCAGGUGUGGGUGAGCUACGAAGGCGCCGGCGCCGGGCAGAUCAACGUCACUUUGGCGCCCAUCGGAGCUCCCAAACCGGAGAAGCCACUGUUAUCCGCGGCCUACGACCUCUCCACGGUGCUCACGGACCAGGCCUACAUCGGCUUCUCCUCCUCCACGGGCGGGAUCAACUCGCGGCACUACGUGCUCGGCUGGAGCUUCGCCAUGGACGAAGGCGGUCCUGCUCCGGCCAUCGACAUCGCCAGGCUGCCCAAGCUGCCGCGGUUCGGACCCAAGCCUCGUUCCAAGGUCCUGGAGAUCGUUCUGCCCAUAGCCACGGCUGCAAUCAUUAUUACUGUCGGCACGGUUGUCGCUCUGCUUGUGCUGAGGCGUCUCAGGUACGCGCAAGUGCUUGAAGAUUGGGAGGUUGAGUUCGGCCCGCAUCGGUUCUCCUACAAGGAUUUGUACCAUGCGACCAAGGGAUUCAAGAACAAACAGCUGCUUGGUGCCGGGGGUUUCGGGAAGGUGUACAAAGGAGUGCUCCGCAAGUCCAAAUUGGAGGUCGCCGUAAAGAAGAUCUCUCAUGAGUCCAGGCAAGGAAUGAAGGAGUUCAUAGCUGAAGUCGUCAGCAUUGGCCGUCUCCGGAACCGCAACCUCGUGCAGUUGCUUGGCUACUGCCGGAGGAAAGGGGAGCUCCUUUUGGUCUACGAGUUCAUGCCAAAUGGCAGCCUCGAUAAGUACCUCCAUCUCGGAGAGGACAUGCCUGUACUAUUGGAUUGGCCCAAGAGGUUUCAUGUCAUCAGAGGCGUUGCCUCCGGCUUGCUCUACAUCCAUGACAAGUGGGAGAAGGUUGUCAUCCACCGGGACAUAAAGGCAAGCAACGUGCUGCUGGACAGUGAAAUGAACGGACGAUUAGGCGACUUUGGGCUUUCAAGACUGUACGACCAUGGCACGGACCCACAGACCACACAUGUGGUUGGCACCAUGGGCUACCUAGCGCCGGAGCUAAUACGCACGGGAAAAGCGUCCACACUCACAGAUGUAUUUGCUUUCGGUGCGUUCCUUCUUGAGAUAACUUGUGGGAAAAGACCAGUCAAUGACGGUUUGCAGGGCGAUUAUGAGAUGUUAGUAGACUGGGUUCUCGAGAACUUGCAUAAAGGAUCUCUCACUGAGACGGUGGACGCGAGGCUGGAAGGUGAUUAUGACGCUGAUGAGGGCGUGCGCUACUUGUAUUCAUGGAUUAAGGAAAACACAGUGCAUAUGCCGACGAAUGCAAACAUAUACGAACGGCGACAGUGUUGCACCACCAGCACACGAAAGCCCCUGAACAACAAAUAAGAACACAGAAACCAGGGACGCCUUCGACACCUUCUGGACUCCUGAUGGGCCCUUCCUCCGGGCAAACCACCAACCCAACAGCACCGGUCGACCACCUUGGUGCCGGAGAAACCCCUAGCCAAACGGCGUUGAAGAAGUGCCAGUAGCCACCACCUCUGUGAAGGAUCUGAACCGAUAAGGAGCAGAUGUCGGAGCCACACUCCAAGCACCUCCAGCACCGGAUCCAAGGAUGAAACCACACCACCCCUCACUCAUCGGGCAGAUGGAUCCCAAUCCUCCUAGCACGAGCCCGCAACAAACGCCACCGCCCUUCCCGGUCUGCCCUCCACAGGCAGCACCACAAGCCUGUUGAUGUAAAGAAAAUUCAUGGGAUCAUGUAAAAAAAAGCAAUACUAGUGGCAAUCUUACGAACUCAUACAAGCAAGCAUCAUUAUUUAUGUGUAUAUAGGUCCGCUUGCUUGACAUGUACAGUUUUUUUUUAUCGUGGUCAAAAUAGAGGACCCUUGUGUACGUGUUAGUUGUAUUUGUAUAUCAAUUAGUGAUAAUUGAUGCUGAUUGUUA